GCCAUGUAAAUCCACAUUCUGGAAGAAGAACUGCACGGACGACCUAUGGCUGCCUACAAAACUCAAGUCCUGCCACUUUGAGAGCUUAUUCACAGGGGUGUUUCUCUGAAAACCUGAAACGAGGAAGAAACUUUCUGGUAUGGCUAAUAUGAUCCUAAUAUUCUUCUGUGAUAUAGUUUAUCUGGGCAACCAAUUGGUCCAUGGUGAGAAAUGUAUUGUGUCGCAACAAACCUGGGAUAAUUUACUUUUAAAUCAAUCACAGUUUUAGACGAAGUUGUCUGAAAUCUAUUAUUUUAUCUCUGAAAAAUACAUUUCUCCCUGGCUAUUUGGAUUGGAUUUCCUCUUGGAAUUCAUUACAAAGACUCUGCCCUGCUGAUCUGAAAAGCUUUUUAAAAAAAGUAUAUAUUUGGAAAUCGAAACUCUUAACAGAUAAAUCCGUUACUAUGAAUGAGGGGGAGGCCGAGAUUUCUAAGGAGAAAGACUGGAAAGAUCUGGAGCCCAACUAUGCCAUUAAAAUCUUCCUCACCGUCCUGUACAGCCUCAUCCUGCUCACAGGCAUUGUGGGUAAUGGAGUCACCAUCCAGGUGAUGCAGGUGCUGCAGCAUAAUGGCUACAUGCAGAAGUACGUGACGGACCACCUGGUGAGCCUGGCGUGCUCCGACCUUCUGGUCCUCCUCAUAGGCAUGCCCGUGGAGGUCUACAGCGCCACAUGGUUCCCCUUCACCUCCACCUCGGGUGACGCUUCCUGCAAGAUCUACAAUUUCCUGUUCGAAGCCUGCAGUUAUGCCACUAUCUUGAACGUGGCGACACUCAGCUUUGAACGCUACAUGGCCAUUUGCCACCCAUUCCGCUUUAAGGCCCUGGCAGGAGAGCGAACAGGGGGCCUCAUUGCUCUCGCCUGGGUCACGUCUGUGUUCGUGGCUAUCCCGCUGCUGUUCACCACGGGAAUGGAGGGCCACGUCAUAGAGCCAGACGUUGGGCCAGUCCAGAACCUGACAUUCUGCACCAACCUGAGGGAGAGGUGGGGGGUGUACAGGGCCAGUAUCUUUGUGGCGUUCAUCGUGUACAUGGUGGUGCUGGUCAGCGUUGGUGUCAUGUGUCGGGGCAUGAUCCUGGUCCUUCAGAAAACCAUGAGGCCCAUGGGAGGAGGGGUCAACGGAGCAGAGGGCACACCAAAACACGAGAGUGCCCGGGUCAAAGCCGCCAAGAAGCAAACCAUACUUUUUCUAGGUCACUGCCUUUGCCUCCAGCCUCGUCCCUUAAGCAAAUCGCCCCUCUGACUCUCUGGCAAAUUCUUGGACUCAUACUCCUGACGAGUAUGUUGGAUGGACAUGGGGGGAGAAAUGACCUGGAACCUAUUUUAAGUGAUGAUCUGUACAUUCGUCAUGCUUCUUUGACAAAACUAACUUUGUCAAUGAGUUCGGUGUAGUCCUGGUAAAAUAUUUAUUUUGGAGUCGUCUUAGAUUGGGCAUGUUUACUUUGGAUUAAUCUAGCAGGUCUAAUUGUACUGCUUCACUUUUAAGAGAAUGGUAUUUUAUGAGUAAAAAUUAAAUUACAGUAGUAUACACAAUUAUUGUUGCCUAAUAGUAUGUUGCAUUAAUUGCUGUCUGAUCAUCUUCACAGGAAAUCUAAUCUUUGAACAAAACCUCAGUGUUUGUUAGGGCUGAUGAAUUCUGAGAUUGUUCGAAAAGCACCACUAUUCUCUCAAGUGGAGAUCAGAGAUGAACAGUUGUUCUCAUUCAGAUUACGACAGAUACUCAAUCAGACUAAUGUCCCCCACUUGAGAGAGAACAGCAGGCAAAUCACAGCUAUGUGUGACGUUUGUUGGAGAAUAUGCAAAACGCCACUUAACCAAAUUAGAAAAGUAUUUUAUGCCACUUUUCAGCAAGUUUUUACAGUGAUACUGUAGUUCAGUCGUAUAGUUCCAUACCUUGAAAUUAAUGCAUGGAAGAGCACUGUUUAUGUCCCAUUGUUUCUUUACCUGGCUAUAUGUUGUAAAUGGUUAAUGGGGUUAAUGUUUGCCUAACUCUUAAAUAGCAAGAAAACUGUAAAAAUACACACACACACACACACACACACACACACACACACACACACACACACACACACACACACACACACACACACACACA